AUGGAAAAUACAGAGCUAACACAAAAAUCGCUAGGAAAGGUUAAGUCCUCAAAAUGGAAAGAUAUGAUUCGAAAAUUGUAUGCAGGGUUGGAAACAAUCGCUCGAGUUGAGGAAUACAAGAUAGAUGACAAAAUGUUGGAGAGUAUUACAAAAGAUUUUGAACGAUUUUUUGAAAUCGGAAACAAAAACUCGACACAGACAGUAAAGGCAAAAUUUCGACUUUUGUUUGACAAUGAAAUACUUGAUGGAAAGUUUACUGAUCAGCACAGAGCCAUUUCGUUGUUGGAGAAACAGGAGGAUAGUCCUAUCAAUGGUGAUACCCUUCUUCUACGUGCAAUGUCAAUAAAUGUGGAAAAAGAAAGUGCACAGGAAAACAUCCUUGGCAAUAUAAUACAAAUACUGGUAACUAAGUGUCCCGAGUUGAUUGUGUUUGCUAAAGACAAUCCAGGCUACAAAGGAAUAACACCCGUGCAUCUAGCUAUUCUUAAAGAGGACAUAGACAUUUUGAAAAUAAUGGCAAGUACUCUUCAAGAAAUAGACGAACUAAGACUCCCAAAGGAGAAAAUACAAGGCAUUUGCGCUGUAGGACCUGUAUUUCAAGACACGGUCAUGAUGUCUGGAACUCCACUCGGAGUUGCUGCAUUAAAGUUCAAUAAAGAGGUGUUCGCUGUCGUACUUCAACACUUUGCUUCAGGCCUGGAUGUUACAAACGAUAAAGGUGACAACAUUGUUCAUUCACUGAUAAAGUAUGCUUACUUACAGCCUGACAAACUCAAUGAUGUUCUUGAAAUGCUAAGCUUCGUGUUACAUUGUAAAUUCGUCACGAAAGAUCCCAUAUUUGAGGAAAAGAAGUGGAAAAUUAGAAAACAGGCACGCAAAUUGCUGAUGAUGACGAACAAGGAAAAACUGAAUCCCUUGCAACUUGCCGCCAAAAGACAGCAGUUUCGCAUUUUUGAAUUUAUCAUGCAAGGCGAAUCACAGGUCUAUCACUCUAGAGAAUCUGGCGAUGGUCUUUUUAAUGAGGAGGUUUAUGAUAUCACUGAAAUAGAAACGCUGAACCUAGAAGAAGACGCCGAAGAAAACGAAGAAGAGCAAAUCAAACACGAACAACAUGAAUCCGUUCUUGAGUAUCUUGUCCAUCACCAAACAAACAACGCUUUCCUGUUUGCAGAUUUCAUGCCUGUGAAAGAAGUGAUAAGAGGGUAA